AUGUUUGCCAACAUACCGACUACACUUCUUCUUUUUGUUGCCUCCUUCGUUCUCCCUGCGUACGCUGGCAUUCAGCAAACAGAUUUCACUGGUAUUGGCCACAUUUACGUCCUAGCCUCUGACAACUGGCAGACGGCAACCCCAGAGUCUAGUGUGGGGUGUCUAGAUGCACACGGGAAAUUUGUCUAUGACAGCGGCAGCGCUAAGGAAUGCGGUGUGUUCAAGCGUCUAGAUGACUAUCCUUAUACACUCAGCACUCAAAAUGGAAACUGCACGUUCCAAGACGAUAGCCAGGAAGAGAAUGUCGAUAGUCACUAUGGGAAAGGUGAUUUCGCGUGGAACUGUGGAGAGCGCAACGUUGACAUCUAUGAUGAGCUAUAUACAAUAACAGGAUUUCCAUACGUUUUCCUCUGCUUCGGCGAUAUAGCAUGCUUCUACGACGCCAAGCGCAUUCCUACCGCCAAUGAAUCCCUUUCACUAUGGCAGUUUCGCUGGGGGUCACAGCAAUUGGGCAUCACGCCAGGGCACAUUCAACUACAGCUCAUGUGGAAGAAACUUGAUGGUCUGCCUAAAAGGGAAAGGUCGAGCGAUAUACCGGGUCCAAGGGUACACAUUAGUGAGGGCUCGCAGAUAACAUUGUUGGGCAAGAAGUCGAAGGCAUAG